AUGGUCAACUUUGGACCAGAGACGACUGCUGCUGCUGUUAUCAGCCACUUUGCUGGUCAGGUCCAAGGACACACAUUUCUGAUCAACGGUGUAAGCCCCGGAGGCAUUGGGGCCGAAAUCGCUGUCUCCCUUGCGGAAGCAAGCCCAUCAAGGCUUAUACUGAUUACCACCCCCGAUGAUGCGAGCGGCUUACAACCUGUCCUUGAGGAGAUCAAGCGUCGCGAUGCCUCGGUCGUAGCGACUAUCCUGACUGCCAACCCCUCUUCCCUCUCUAGUGUCAGGAACUCGGGGCAGAAUAUCCUGACAGACCCAGGCGUGUCUCAAAUCGACGUGGUAAUAAACAUACCGACUGAGAUGCCUCGACCGUAUACCAAAACUGAAGACGGACUUGAGUACCUGCUACAUACCAACUAUUUGAGCCAGUUCCUCCUGACCAAUAAGAUCCUGCCGAAGGUUCUCCUAGCUGAAAGACCUCGCAUCAUCAAUAUCUCGAGUAGUGCCAACAAAAUUGCCGGCAUGCGUUGGCACGAUCUCAACUUCGAGGAGCCGGGCUCGUACGAGCCUUGGACAGCUUACGGCCAGACAAAAACAGCAGCCAUUCUGUUCACUGUCGCUCUCAACGCAAGGCUUAUAUCGGCCCAACAGCCGAGCUUCCGCUCUUACGCAGUCCACCCGGGUGGGGUUAAAACCAAGCUACAAGAGAAUCUGAGCGAAGAUUCUCUCAAAAAGGCGUUCGAGGGUACCAAGAAGCGGUUUGGAGAAGAAACGGCCAAUGAAUUCUUCCGGUGGAAAACGCUCUCUGCUGCGAGCUCGACGCCGUUGAGAGCCGCUUUGGACCCUGAUCUCGCCAAUCAUGAGGCAAUCUGGCUUGAAGACUGUGAGCUACUUCAGGAGUCAGUCCACUUGGAUGCCCGGGCUACGGACCUCCAGAGUGCGCAGCGAUUGUGGAAAAUGAGCGAGGAAUUGAUCAAAGAGAAAUUCUGA